CCCUCUCCCGGAUUUCCAAAUCCUUGCCAAUCCUUCUUCCUCUCCCUCCAAACCUAGAGACUCCCACCGCAGCCAGCCCCUCCUCUCUCGCCGCGGCUUCCUCAGCCCGCCAGAGCGCUGCUCCUCUUCGGUCCAGCGGGUCGGGGACCCACCCAUCCAUCCAUCCCGGCGUGGACUGGUUCCUUCUCCCGCUGCUGCUGUUUCUUCCGCGGCGUUUGAGAUCGACCUCAGUUGCCACCCCAAUCAACUGAGGUGCGGUGCGGUUUAUUUCCCAGCGAUUUUUGGGGUUUGCCUGCCCCCAUGGCUGCGGCGAGCACACCCACGGUGACCAUGGAGAUCACCGACGAGAUGCUCAAGAGCAUGGAGGUCGGCCUGGCCUUUCGAGACUACUUGAAAUAUAGAGCGUUGGUGACUAGCGAAACCAUCUCGUGUAUUUUUCAAGGCUCACAUUGCAAGGGAGGCCUGCAGUUUCGUACGAUGAUCAGGAUUUGGUUUUUGCAGUUGCAUAUGGUGGUCACGUACGGGAUGUUUGAUGCGCGAAAAUUUGAAAUGGGGCCUUUUGAUAUCUUCUCUGUUGGUAAUGAUGAUUCAGAAGUCCAUGUCAUAAAGUUCAGCAGUGAUGGCAGACGGCUUCUGUUAACCACCAAAGCUGGCCGUGUUCAUGUGCUAGAUUCAUUUCAUGGCAACAAUAUAGCAACGUACAAUGUUAAGCCAGUGAUAACCAAUUCAACACUGGAGGCAACAUUUAGCCCUGACGGAAACUAUAUCUGGCUCUGGUGACGGUAGUGUUUAUGCCUGGAAUAGGAGUGGAAAGGUUGCGCACCGGGGAAGCAUAGAUAAUGAACCGCCACUAGUAAGGUGGGCUCCAGGAUCCUUGAUGUUCUUGACAGGAUCUUCAGAGCUGUCCUGCUGGGUUCCAGAUCUAUCCAAGCUGGGAUCCUUUGCCGUUACUAAGUAAAUGCAAAUGAUAUGAGAUGAUGCUUUGACUGCUAUGUGAAGCAAAAUUCAUAAAGUUGUGCCGUAUGACUGGCCUCUGACGCCAUCAGCUGCGAAUAAGGAACAACAAAACUAUAGCCAAGUAUUUGUUCGAAUGAGUCGUACUCUAUAGAUUCCGAUGUAUCCUUGGGUUCUUGAUUACAGUACUUUUGCUCUUAUGGUGCACAAUCGUCAUACCUGUUGAUCAGACAGAUAAGAUGUUGAAAGUGUUCGCUCCAUUUUUAUGAGAAUUUAGUGCUUUAUCU